AUGGCGUCCAAUAUCUGCUCGACCAUACUCCUCCGAAAUGGACUCUUGGCGACGCAUAGGGGCGAAGAUGAUCCUCUGUCGACUCCUUCUGCCCGUCGGGUGGAUGUAUUGAUACAAGGUGACCGGAUCGUGGACGUUGCGAAACCGAAUUCCGUGAAGCUUCCCCAGCACUACUUCGUCGUCGACUGCAGCGACAAGUGGAUAGCACCUGGCUUUGUCGACACGCACAGACACCUGUGGAUGACGAUCGUCAAUAGUCACGAAGACUGGACGUUGUCAGAAUAUCUCGCUAAAUUGAGUUGUACCACUGCCGCUUUGGUCACAGCGGAAGACGGCCGUGUAAGUGAUGACCGCGCCGCGCAGUCGGUGAACCUGGCACACUGUCGUGACCCCUUCAAGGGCAUCGUGUUUCACGCGACUGCCGCGGACGUUGAUUGGGUCAUUGUGAACGGCGAGAUAGUCAAGGCGGAGGGUAGGCUGGUAAGGGUAGGCUGGUAA